AAUAAUUGUUGGAGAUAUAUUUGCCCAGAAAGGCGCGGAUGUAAAAAAAACAAAGAAACGAGAGAGAUUAACAAACAAAGAAAUGAACGAACGCGUUUCAUUUCAACAAUUUAAACCCUAAUCUCAAUCCCCACCCACGUCAUCAUCGUCCCUCAUUCUCGAGUUGCCGGAGUUCGCCGUCGACCUCCGCAAACACCGUGAAACUCGUUCAGCGAAAAGAAGAGUGUGGGGUCUUUAAUUUGCGAAGUUUUAGUACCUUGUUGAUACAUAUGAUUUUUUGACUGAGAAGAUGAAUUCGGAGCCAUCAAUGUCGGUUUGUGAUGAACAUUCUGAAGAAGAAUUAGGGAAGCCAGUGAUAGAAAAUGGAGACUCAACUAUUGUUGAUCCGCCUAAGUUUAAGCGCCGGAAAGUUUCUGCUGUUCGUGAUUUUCCGGAAGAAUGUGGACCGUUUGGUUCUGCUGAUGGUAUGGGUGUUGAGGUUAAGAGUGGCAAAGAUUUAGGUGGUGGUGAUUCGGGUGAAGCUGAUAGUCCCAACGAUGAAAAGGAUCCUCAAACUUUUGAGUUCAAUGAAGAGUUAUUUGUUGCAGACACUGUUGAACAAACAAGUGACUGUAGUUUGAAGAAGGAGGAUCCUGUGGUCUUAUCUGAUCAAGUGGAUGUGGGUAGUUUUGCCAACGAUGAACCUGCAAAAGUGGAAUUGGUGGGCGUAGAAGCUAUGGAUAUUAGUUUUGAAACUGAAGACUGUAGCUUGAAAAAGGAAGAUCCUGUGGUCUCAUCUCAUCGAGUGGAUGGGGAUAUUUUGGUUAACGAUGAAGCUUCAAAAGUGGAAUUGGUGGGCAUGGAAGCUGUGGAUAUGGAAUUGGAAACUGAAGACUGUAGCUUGAGAAAGGAAGAUCCCAUGGUCUCAUCUCAUCAAUUGGAUAUGCCUAUUUUGGAUAAUAACGAAGAUACAAAACUGACAUUGGUGGGCAUGGAGACUUUGGAUGCGGAAUUGGCAACUGAAAGCUGUAGUUUAAAGAACGAAAAUGCAGAGAUCUUAUCUUAUCAAAUUGAUGAGUCUACUUUGGCAAACGACGGACCUGCAGAACUGGCCUUGGUCGGUAUGGAAACUUCAGAUAUGGAAUUUACAACAGAAGGCUCCGUAAAACAAGAUUUAUCUUAUAUAUCAGAGGCACUGGCUCCAGUUGGCGAGGUAGCUAUGUCUGAUAACUCAAAAUCCUCGUUGUCCAAUAUCAAUAUAGGUGGUUCCAGUGCUUGUAUGAAGGAGGCUUUAACUAAAAGGUACCCUCCUCGUAAAAAAGUUGCAGCGUUAAGAGAUUUUCCACGUCUAUGUGGACGCAAUGCUCCCCGUCUCAGCCAGGAUGAGUGUCUAAAGGAGCUCGCUUCUUUGAAAGAAGUUGCAGCUACUGACCUACAAGAAGUAGAAAAUAACAAAAGAAAGUUUGCCAACCUUGUUGAAGCUGAUUUUGAAGGGAAUGCAGUCAAGAAGCUGGAUGUAGCUGAACCAUCUACUGAGAUGAGAUUGGCGCUGGAUAAUCAUCAUCAGGUUAAAGCGGAAAACAUGAACACCGUUAAGGUCGAGGGAACAUCAGAGCUAGAUAUUGAUUACCCAGAACUCGAAAGUAGUUUGAAGGUCUCACCAGGCAGGAAAGUAGUGCUAGGUUUGAGGGCGACGUCAGAAUGUCCUUUGGAAUCUGAUAUUUGUUCCCCCAAAUUUAAACCAACAUCUAUUGGUGGUACAGAUGACCGGAAGGGAAAGAAAGUUGAUUUUUAUGCCCACCUGGACAGAUCUAAAACUGCGACCAAGUCCAAAGGUGUAAUGAAUCAUUCUGGGCACCAGCCGUUGAAAAAGAAAAGAGAAAAUUCUAGUUCUGAUGACAUGGGUCAAUUAGUAACACGGGAGAAGAAUUCUCUAGAUCCUAAUGAAAAUAACAAACACUUUAAAAGUGUCCCAAAACCACGUGGUUAUGUAAAUGUUUUUCCUCUUGGUCGUAGUAAUUUAAGUGGUCAUGAGAGUGACUCAGUGGCCCGGAAUAAAGUGAGGAAAACAUUGCGCCUGUUCCAAGCUGUUUGUAGAAAGCUUUUGCAGGAAGCGGAAGCAAAACCAAAGUCAAAUGUGAAAGAAUCAAAGAGGGUUGAUUUACAAGCUUCAAAAAUACUUAAGGAGAAAGGGAGCUAUGUUAAUGAAGGGGAGAAGAUCAUGGGAUCUGUUCCUGGGGUUGAAGUUGGUGAUGAAUUUCAAUACAGAAUAGAGCUUAAUAUAAUUGGCCUUCAUCGCCAGAUUCAGGGUGGUAUAGAUUAUAUGAAGCAAAAAAACAAGGUCCUUGCAACUAGUAUUGUUGCUUCGGGGGGCUAUGCUGAUGACUUGGAUAAUGCAGAUGUUUUGAUAUAUACAGGGCAGGGUGGAAAUGUGAUGAGCAGUGAUAAAGAGCCAGAAGAUCAGAAGCUUGAACGGGGCAAUCUUGCUUUGAAGAACAGUAGUGAGGUCAAGAAUUCUGUUAGGGUGAUACGGGGCUCUGAAUCAGCGGAUGGAAAAAGCAGGAUAUAUGUUUACGAUGGACUCUAUGAAGUUGAGUCAUAUUGGCAGGAUAUGGGGCCACAUGGGAAGCUGGUUUAUAAGUUUCGCUUGCGAAGAAAGCCGGGUCAACCAGAGCUUGCUUGGAAGGAACUGAAGAAAUCUAAAAAGUUGUCCAAAACAAGAGAAGGUCUAUCCGUUGUUGAUAUUUCCUACGGGAAAGAGAAAAUUCCCAUAUGUGCUGUGAACACCAUAGAUAACGAGAAACCCCCUCCAUUUAAAUACAUAACUAAGAUGAUGUAUCCUGAUUGUUGCAAUAUUGUCCCUCCAAAAGGCUGUAAUUGUACUAAUGGAUGCUCUGACCAUGAGAAAUGUUCUUGUGUACUCAAAAAUGGGGGGGAGAUUCCAUUUAAUCAUAAUGGAGCUAUUGUAGAAGCAAAGCCUCUAGUCUAUGAGUGUGGGCCUAAAUGCGAGUGCCCUCCAACCUGUUAUAAUAGAGUCAGCCAACUUGGCAUAAAUAUUCAACUCGAAAUUUUUAAAACCAAGUCAAUGGGAUGGGGUGUAAGAUCCUUGAAUUCCAUCCCUUCUGGAAGUUUUAUCUGUGAAUAUAUUGGAGAGGUUCUUGAGGACAAGGAAGCUGAACAAAGAACUGGUAAUGAUGAGUAUCUUUUUGAUAUUGGAAAUAACAAAAACAACAGUAAUCUUUGGGAUGGACUUUCGAACCUUUUGCCAGAUUCGCACUUAAGUUCAAGUGAAGUAGUGAAUGAUGUUGGCUUCACUAUCGAUGCCGCUCAGUUUGGUAAUGUGGGGAGAUUCAUUAACCAUAGUUGCUCCCCCAAUCUCUAUGCCCAGAAUGUCCUUUAUGAUCACCAUGACAACAGGGUUCCUCAUGUCAUGUUAUUUGCUGCCGAGAACAUUCCUCCCUUGCAAGAGCUGACUUACGAUUACAAUUACACGAUAGAUCAAGUUCGUGAUUCUGAUGGGAAAAUCAAAAAGAAAUACUGCUUUUGUGGUUCUGUGGAAUGUACUGGUAGGUUGUAUUGAGGUUUUGCCUUGUUAAUUGUUGGAACAAUUUUUCUUAUAGGUCUUUCAAACUAAAAUCUCAAAAACUGGAGCUUCAUUUUGAGCCAUGUUAAUGUCAGUAGUUGCUUCAGGAUUAUUCUGAGUUGGUCAGGAUGCUAUAGAAAAAGUUGGAACGAAAAAUAUUCUUGCGUGACCUACUAUUUUCAUUUUAUAUGAAGCAAAAUUUUGUCAAAAGGGCAAAUAUGUUGCCAUUUGAAUGUGUGAAAGCUCAUGUUUGGGGUUAGAUUUGACCAUAAACUGUUUUAUUUUAAAACGAAGUUUCAAAGAUUCUUUUUUUCAAUUUCUAUUUCUUGUCUCACCACCAAAGUCAAACCCUUGUGCCAAUUUGGACCUUUGCUCCUUUUGCCGCUUCUGCAA